CCAGUGUUUAUAUCUCGUUGGCGAAACAUGUCAAAAAAGUUUAGCUAGCAAUAGCAUGCUAAAACAGCCAGUUCGCACUACGCAGUCACUCGAAUUUCUGAAAUAAUGUGUUAGCUAGAUACUUUGAAAAGGUAUGCAUAUAGUUAUCCAUAAAGGUGAAGUAUACCUAUAGCUACAUCAGAUUAAAUUCUCCGAACUGGCUGGUGGGGCUUCCUUGCUCACGUUUGCCUGGGAGAAUGGCAGAAAGUUCUUUAUUGCUGCAAGAUAAUCCGUUGCUUUUGCCUCUCAAUAAAGAGAAGACUAUUUAUGAUGGUUUCAUUACUGUUCAGGAGAAAGACUUCAGAAUAAGAAUACUGCUUCCAUCAGACCGCCAGCUAAAGAAUUCAAAGCUACAGUGCUGUUGGCGGUUGAAACGGCUGCUUUACGGAUACCAGCAUGUCAUGAAAAAGAGAUUGCAACAUUCAGCAGAUCUUGUCAGUUUUAUUUUGGAGCUUAAAACCGUUUUGGAAGUGGCGGUGAAGCGCAGAGGGGCGUGUCCAGCAGCCCCUCCCCCUCAGUACUACUGCCGGCUCAUUGGCGAGAUCGGGAGCCUGGGCUGGGAUAAGCUGCUCUUCCUGGAUGGCGAGCUGCGCUCUCUGAAGCUGCAGGCCCACGACUCCUCCGGACGCCAGCACGUCCUCGCGCUCAAGCUGAAGGCCAAGCACCCAGCAGAGGCCCCGGAAUGUUCCGCAGACCUGCCUCUCCCCCUGAACAUCACCUGGACGCCGCAGAGCACCCUCCUGAACAUCCACGCUCAGUUCCUGUCCGCCCUGGAGGCCCUGCAGGAGUUCUGGGCCAUGCUGGACGAGAUCGAUGAGAGAACCUGGGUCCUGGAGCCGGAGGAUCCGCCCAGAGCAGCCACCAUGCGGAGAAUCGCCAUCGGGAACAACGUCUCAAUAAAGUUGGAGAUCGACAGCAGACACCCAAAGAUGCUGCCUGAAUGCUGCCUGCUUGGAGCAGAGCAUAUCGUGACCCCCCUGAGGAGCAAACUUAACUCGAACAUGCAUUUAUGGAACCCGGAAUGCAGCGUGCUGCAGAACCUGAAGGAUGUUUUGGAGAUCGAAUUCCCCUCUCCCGCCACCCACGCAAAAUCUAGUUUGAGCGCUGAGUGCGGGAUCUGCUACUCCUACCGCCUGGACUCGGCUAUCCCGGACCAGGUGUGCGGGGACCUGCGAUGCGGACAGCCCUUUCACCAGGCCUGUCUGUACGAGUGGCUGAGAGGCCUUUCGUCCAGCAGGCAGAGUUUUAACACCAUCUUCGGCGAGUGCCCCUACUGCAGCAAGCCUGUGACAGUGAAGGUGACCCUGCAGAAGCCCUGACCCCCCGGUCAUAGAAGCACCACCCUUUUGAACGAAUGAGGCAGGAGGAUGACCAGGAUGGCGAGGAGGAGCAGGAAGAGGAUGGCGAGGGGCCCGCCCCACUGCUGGAGCCUCCCGCGGGCGCCCUGCCUGCGGGCCGGCGUGUCCCUGAGGUAGUAUCGGUGGCGAGGCACGCUCACGUCCUCUGGAUCUUCCAGAUCUUCGCUCGGCUCUUCUGAGCUGCUGUCCGCGUACGCCUGCACCUUUCUGACCACGCGUCUCGGCUGGGGCUUCUUCUUCUGAAACACAGAGGACACGUGUACUGUAUACAGGCUGCUUUAAAAUGCCCUCCAUAUGUUACAUUAAAGAACUUAUACAAAUAUCAAAAUCCA